AUGAAAUAAGGAUAGGUCAAAAGGAAAUUUGAGAGUAUAAUUGUAUUAAGAAAAUAGGUUUCGGCUUUAGUUCUUUAAAUCCUUCUGACCCUAGUGCUUAGAAAGAAUUGGUGUUACAUAUUUCAAAUCAAGUUUAAAAGGGAAAUGAUUUUACAAUAAAAAUGCAUAGUUGGAUGAAGAUUUCAAUUUUGAAAUAGAAAAUCCAUAAAACAACUAAAUUAGAUCUAGCAGAUUUUAGAAUACUUUAUAAAAAUCAAGAACUCUCUCUAAAUAAUGAAGAUUUAGAAGUAAGAAAUUAAAUUAAUAACAUUAAAGGAUUAUGGAAUCCAGAAUCAUGUAACUUUAAAAUUAUUGGCUCGAAAGUAGGGAUAAUAGUUGUAUUUUAUCAACAGCAUUCACAAUAUAUUGGAAGAAUAAAAAAAAACUUAAGAGCAAUUUUAAAAUGCUAAAUGGGCAGUUGAAGGAGCAUUUAUGAAAGGAAUAACACCUAAAUUAACUGAUUUUGGUACUCAGGGUACUUAUAUUUUGGAGGAUUUAAAUCAUAAACCUGUGGCCAUUUUUAAACCUUAUGAUGAAGAGGCAUUUGCGUAUAAACUAAAUUCAUAUAUAGCCCUAAUAAUCCAAGAGGAAUGAGAGGCAAAAUGAAUUCUCCAGGACUUCGAUAAGGAAUUUUGUCAGGAGAAGGAGUAGAUAGAGAAGUGGCAGCAUAUUUGAUAGAUUAAUCAUCUGGACAUUAUCAUAAUGGUAAUGUUGAAGAUAAGCAAUUUAGUACCUAUAACUGAUUAUGUUUAAAUUUGUCAUCCUGCAUUUCAUGCUGCUGAAGAAUACAAAUAAUUUUAGUAUGAAAAAAUUCCCAUAAAAGAGGGAUCAUUUCAACUGUACAUAAAACAUGAUGAUAAUGUUGGAAAUUUUGGAAGUGGUUUGUAUCCUUCUAUUGAAGCAAGAAAAAUAGCCAUCUUAGAUAUUAGAAUUCUAAAUUGUGAUAGAAAUGAAGAAAAUAUUUUGGUUAGAAAAAAGUAAUAUUAUAAUAAUAUUAUUUUAUUUUAGAAAAAUUAAUUAAACCACUGGUUAAACUAGAUAAGCUUAUGAUUAUUUUCUUAUACCUAUUGAUCAUGGUUAUACAUUUCCAGAUUGUUUCAAAAUAUGUAGAGAUGAAGUAGUAUGGUAUCAUUGGGGAUAAAUGACUCAAAAAUUUACUUAAGAAGAAAAGUGUUUUAUUGACAAGAUUGAUCCGAUAAAAGAUGUUCAAAUAUUGAGAGAGAAGGUAAAAUUGAGAGAAAUUUGUUUGAGAAAUGUUAGAAUAUCUACAACUUUAUUAAAGCUUUGUGCACAAGUUGAUUUAACCAUCCACGAUAUUUCGUAUUUAAAAUAAUUAAUUUAAUAGUGAAAUAUUAUAUAGAGAAAAUCCGGAUGAAUUAUCACCUAUUGAAAUUGCUAUUAAUAAAGCUGAAUACAAUUACGAGUAUGUUAAUAUAUUUUAUAACCAGUAAUAAUAUAAGAGUGCCGAAAGGAUAUUCAAAUUUAAAAGAAAAAAUAUUUUCAAAUAAUUUAAUAAAAAAAUCUUUAGAAUUUGAUUCUUUUACUUUAUAAAUUCAAGAAAGACCUAAAUUAGGAUAAAAUAUAAUAAAAUUAGAGAUCAUCCAAGAUGAGGAUGAAAACACAAAAUUUAAUAAAGAUACAAUGAUCAAAGAUAAUUAGAAGAUUUAAACUUCAGAUAAAAAAUUAGCUAGAGUUGGAUCUUAACAAGAAAUUAAAAGAUAUCCAAAACCUAUUGAAAAAGUCUGGAAUGAAGAUUUCUUUUCUCAUGUUAUUUAUUUCUUGCAACAAAUUAUUGAUGGUAAGAUUUAGGAAAAAUCCCAAUCUCCUCGUAAAUAUAGAGCAAGGUACAUCAGUGAAGAGGUCAAAUGA